AUGGCUGAAUCCGCCGGGGUCCAGCGCUAUAAGGCUUUCAGUUCAACGGAGCAAAUGCAGCAGAGAGCCAAUACAUUUGACAAUGGCUUCGCACCAAAGACAACUGCACCUCCUGCACGCCUAUCUAAAGUGUUGUACUUCCCCGCUAACAGAAACUCGGACUUUAGCCUACAGCUGCAUGAUAUUAGCGCCGAGUAUCAUCAUACCAUCCGCUCCUCGCCUUUGGGUGGGUGUGAGCUUACUGGUGACGCUGUAAUGGGUAACCGGCUGCUUUUCACACGAUUAGCAACUAUAAAGAAACCACAAGCUUUGAGCACCUCGGCUAAGUACGCGACUGGUGCUUACAUUGGUGCAACUGAAGCUGCAAUUACUAAGAGGCGUGUUGGAGAUAGAAAUGAGGAUCGUGAACUUGAGAUGUGA